AUGAGCGACUGGGACAACGUCACGCGCAUUGGAACCCGCCACACUGGUGGCCCUGCCACCCGCGAGACCGUCGUCAAGGGCAAGAGCGCCUUGAACGCCGCCCAGCGCCAGGGUCUCGUCAUCGGCACCGAGAAGAAGUACUCCACCGGUAACACUGCUGCCCGCUCCGGUGCCCCCGAAGGCCAGCACCUGACCAAGGUCGACCGCAGCGACGACAUCGUCAAGCCCAAGACCGUCGGCAUGCAAGUCGCCGAUGCGAUCAAGAAGCGCCGAAACGAGGAACCCUACAAGAUGACCCAGAAGGAACUCGCCACCAAGUGCAACACCACCAUCACCGUUGUCCAGGACUUUGAGCGUGGUACUGCCACUCCCGACCAGAAGGUCCUCAGCUCCAUGGAGCGUGUGCUGAACGUUAAGCUGAGAGGAACCGGAAUCGGACAGGAGAAGUUCCCCAAGAAGAAGUAA